AUGGUCAAGUUACGCGUUGCCGCGAGGAUCCUCUCAGAAGACGCCUACCUCCAAAGUCUGCAGGGAUCCGCCAAUUUACCCGUCAAAGGUGAGAAGCGGCUGGUCGUGGUGGUGCGCGAACCGUACAAAUGGCAGAUCGGAACUCUAGCUCUCGAGGUGCAGAGAGCGUACAAAAGCUGCUACCAAGUCGAGCUCCCGACCAUCAAAUACCUCAAAGACAACGAAGACGACUGCGAUCUGGACCCCCGAGCAUACGUGUCGGACCUCCUCCUUGACGAAGGCAAAGCGCGUACCGAUGCCUCAGACCAGCGCGUCACCAUCAAGGUCAUCCUCGAGCAAGGUCGGGGCCUGCGCGAAGGAUCUGUCGCGAUCGGUAGUCAAUUGGACCAUCCCGUAUACCACAUCCAACUAGAGGAGAGCUCGCGUCCACCCGUUCCCACAUUUCCUGCUCUGCCUUCCUCGUUAGGCAAACGUGCGUUUCCUGCCAGUGAUGAGCCCGCUUCGACGGCGACUGCGAGCAAGAGACCCAGACAAGUCGAGAUACCAUACACGCAGGAAGAGCAUCCGACUCCCAUCUCAUCGAUUGAACACGAGGACGUUCAAGGGUCACUUGAACUAGUGGAGGGCACACAGUUUACAAAUCCAGACCAAGACUUGGGAGGGCGGCAGAAGCUCCUCCAGCCUAAACAAGAGUCUCCCGAACUGCGGAGGCUGCUGCAGAAUGUCACUCCAGCGAUUCUUGACGAGCUGGAAGAGUUGGCAGAGCGCCCUCCAAUCUUUGGGUCCAAGAAGAGACAGAGGAAUGGCUUGACCCGCCCUCGCGACUCUCGUGAAUCGAAUGGUCUCCUGCCAUCGAUCGAUCCCGUCGGACGGCUGCAGAAACGCUCGCAAGGACCUAUCACACCCCCUUCAGAGACGUCCAGAAGACUUUCAGGUUCUACGAGCCGCCAGAUCCGCCGCUCGGAAGAGGCCGCCAAUUCCACUGCGCAGCCGGCAACUGCAUCAGCUAGCAAGUUUAAGAGACGGGACAUAUACGCCUACCCAGAGUCGGAAAUCGAUGAUUCACAAAUGUCCCCGCGGUCACGGCAAGCACAACUGAGCAAUCGAGGGUCAAAGGGCAGAUUGACACAUAUUGAGAGCCUGCAGUCUCCGCGGGAGCACGAGGAAGGCGACACCGGGUUCAGCAUCAGUCAAGCCAUCGAUGCUUUGGAUGUUGAGUCUAUCUUGGGGGACAGCCACUCCAUGAUUCCGUCCGCGUCAGCACCUGAGCCUGUCUCUGGCAACAUGAACAUUGGUUCACCUGUCGACUUCGAAAACAGUAUCUAUGAAGACGCUGAGACGGGAGACGCUCAACCCUCGAGCGUGACAGAUCCGAAUAUGUACAAAGAAACAGAAGGUAACGGUGCCGCAGAUCCCGAGCAGAUGGACGGGGAAGACAAAGAAAAUGGACCGUUGGCCGCGACAUCUACCCCGUCCCGCAAGGAUGUUGCGAAGACUACGCAUGCCAAAGAUGCCACAUCAGGAACGCAGGGCGAUGGUUCCAGUGCCAAAUCUAAGGGUUUGUCCAAGGAUUUACAGGCUCACGAGAGUCGACCUGCAGCAAAGAGGGUUCGAAAACGCAAAUCAGACGCCUUCAACGCGGAUGGCAGCCAGCUAGGCCCUAACCAGAGGGCCGAGCACUCUGCUAAGGUUGAGGCAGACAAACCAGCGAAAAAGGCCCCCAAAACUAGCCAGAGAGUUAAGAAAUCGCAGGGGACGCCCACUCUUGACAGUCCAGGGGAGCAGUUAUCUCAGAAUCUUCGGGAGUCGACAGCGAGCCAGCCACCCCUGGACAUUGCGAACAAGAGGGUCGCAGGGGCACAACAGAAAACUGCGUUGGCAACACCAGCGAAAAAGAGUAAGGUACAUAAGCCAGGGAAAGAUUCCGAGGGGCCAGGGUCUGUGUUGUCACGCUCGACAACAUCAAAGAAAGAUGCCACAUCCACGACGCCUUCGGAGCGGGUCCAGAACAAAAGGUCGCAAGAGAAGCCAGCAGUGGCGACGGCACGUCCAGGGAUAGUUGCAACCGACUCUUCGCCCACCACCAUUCUUCGUGCCUCGCAGCCAGACUAUGGGAGUGCCAACUUACCUAUGAAGACUCUGCCGAACUGGGGCUCUGAGAUCGCUACUGCUGACAACCCGAUGCCUUCAAUAUCUGUCACAGUGGAUAGAGAAAGAAAUGACAAACAGGCCGACUUAGAGGGAAACUCGUUCGCACAUCCAGGGUUAACCCCCGAGGAGAUCAAGAUCAUGGAAAGCCGCAAAGGCAUGACGAAAGAACAGUAUGAAGCAGAGAAGAGGCGGCGACAACUCGAGGCGAAAAAGAAUGCCGAAGGUCAGAGGAAGCAAGAGGCCGCUGCGAAGAAGAAACCUAACACGGACAAGUCGUCGGCCGACAGAAAUGCAGAUCCACGGAGCUCCGACACCCCUGAACCGAAACGUACUGUCGCCUUGACGAAAAGCAAGACGCCUAAAAGGCCUUCCACUGGCGAUAACUCACCGGCUGUGGCUCACACGACAACAGGAACAGACACAACCACGAGAGAAGAGCCGAAACACGGGACAAAACAGCCUGGCUCAGGGAAAGCAGACUCGGCACGGCGAGACUCCUCGAGCACGAACUUUUCCAAAGUGCAAAUCGCAGAAUCCAAAGUGGCGCCAAAGACGCCUGCCAAAACACCCGCAAAAAGCCCUUCUGUAAAAUCGUCAGCGGUCGGUAAGACGCCCAAACAAAGUGGCCCCCCGCAAUCGACAGAGAAAACCACGAGCUCUGUGACGAGGAGGUCUACACCAGCACCGAGCGCAAAGACCGACUCGAAGGUAGGAAAGACACCGGCCAAAACUCCUCAACCGCGAAAACCUACGCUAGAAACGGUUAAGCGCUUGGUCGAUCUCCGUGAGGUAGUCCGCAGCGCGAACCAAGCAAACAAGGCUGCACCGAACAGCGUGCUCUCUCAUGUAAACGCGGCGAAGCAAAAGCAGGGGCCGUCCGUGUUCAAUGUCGAUGAUGACGAGGAUGACGAGGAGAGCGACGAAAGCGAAGACGACGACGAAGAAGAAGAGGUCAAGGUCGUUGCAGGGACCCGCAAGACUGGUCCGGACGAUAGCAAGAAGAAAAUUGCCGAUGAUGAGCCCUCGACCUCGUCGGCGUCGUCAGAGGAAGUAGGAAAGAAAGCCACCAGCGGGAACAGAACGAGUCAUACGAAGGGAUUGCUGUUGGGUCGACCUGGUGCCAGGAAGCGGCAUGAGAGCGAGGACGAUGACGAUGACGAUAACAGUGACAGCAGGGAAGACAGUGGUGAGGAUGACGAAUUGUAG